AUGGUGUACCCGAAGGUGAAGGUCAGGCAACAAGAAGACCAAGAUGAUCGUCGUGCCGUCAUUGAUUUUUGUUUCCCAGAGAAGGAGCACCAAGAUGUUUCUCCCCCCACUAUUGCAAGAAUUCCAAAAUCUUAUGUCCCAAGUGUAGUGAUGCCAUCAAUAUCUGUAGCUGAAGGAGAAAUGAAGGACAGUAAAAUGGAAGAGCUGAGUAAACAAAAUAUUAGAGCCAGCUCAAUCCCAAGGCCUCGUGCUGUCUUAUCAAGUCCUGAAAAUGAUACAGUGAUCGGAAAUAAAAACAGGAUCAAAGCAGAACGACCAUCAGCUUUGAAGAAUCAUAACUUGGUUAAGAAACCUACACAAUGUGUUCCACGCCAUAUUACUGAAAAUUCUACAAAAACCAAAAAGUCCAAGGAUGAGAACUCUCUUAAAGAAAGGAAAGGGUCAGAGAUAACACUUCCAAGCCAGAGACGACCCCCUAGAAAUGGAAAACCAAGCUCUGCGGGAAAUCGAGUGUCUUUUAGUUGCCAUUAG